CACGUCAAUUACAAGAUGGGUAACUUAGCAACAGCUGGCUCACCCGGACACAGUCCUUCAUACGAUGACUUUAGGUCGCUAGAGGAAAAGAUUGAAGCUUGGGAGGCAAAAGGUCGCUUGCCACGCAUCCAGCCAAUCCGCAGGACUCGGAGUCAAGUGAUAAAGACGAGGACGAAUCGAGAGAGUCACUCGCAGCCUUUGUCCGAACUAACGACGAAGAAUAACCAUCAGAGGCCAGAUACAAUUUAUCCAGAUAUGAUCCCAGAACCAGACUACAGUGACUCGGAAGAAGAUAAAGAUAGAAAAGGCCAUCAAUCCCGAUCAAGAGCUAGAUCAACCAGUGGGAUUCACUAUAGUGAAGAAGGUUUGAUUUUGCCCAAGAAGCCUGCUAAUCCUUGUCUUGAAUCAUCUGAGAGACAAAAUCUUCAUAGGGAACUCCUUUUCAACCAGAGAAUGGGGAAGAAUGUACUAAACCAGAAAACAGAGCUACAGAAGGCUCUGGCCAAGUUUAAAGAUGAGCAGAAGAAAAAAGCAAUAGAAGAAGAGAAACAGAAUAAACGUACAGCCUUAGAGAAAAAGUUGGAGGAACAGGCCAGUAAGAUCAAACAAUAUGAAGAUGAGAAUGAAGAGAAGCCACAGAAGAAGGAUGAUUCAGAAUUUUUAAAGGUUCAUGCCAAAGUUCGUUCACAGAUGAUUUCAUAGGAAGUUACUGGUCACUCAUGUAAAUAAGGAAGCAACCUGACAGUCAUUAGUAAUAAUAUUUUUCAACUGGAAUUGUAUAGACCCAGAAUCCAGUAAAGAAUAGGAUGGAUUAAUGAAAGUUGAUAUAAUAUGUUAGUUUAUUUACGUACAGUGGAUAUUUUGAAGGCACUCUCAAUACAAAAUACAGCUUGGGAUGAAGAAUGCUACUAUUUAUCUUCACACUAAUGUGUUAACCAAAACAGGCUUUAGAGCUGCUUAAGUAUCACAGAAAGCCUGUGGUGUAUUAAGGCAAUCAAAUAACAUAUGUGAACAUUUAUAAACCAUCUAGUGUUCUGGAUUAUGUAUAAAAUGUUUUAUUUUUAUGUGAGGAAGAAUACACAAACUUGUUAUUUAUAAAAACUAGUGACAUCUUUUUUUUUUCGUUGUUUUUUUAAGGAAUUUUGUGAAGAAAGGUUUUGAAGUGUUAAAUAAUGUUGAUACAUACAUAAUUAUCACCUUCAAUAAUCUAAUAAAAAUUUAGCACAACUGUGUAAAUUGGCCAUGCUCAUUUUAUCCAAUUGCAAGUUUCUUUCUGACUGUUUCUUGACCAUUCAGUCUAUUGAAGUCAGCUUAUAAAGCAUUGCUUAUAAUUUUCUGAUUUAUAUUGUAUAAAACAACCAGGAUAAUACACUAUUUUGUUUUGUUUGUAUCAGUGUAAUGUUGGCAUCUUUACAGUAUAAGGAUCAUAUUUAUGUAUUUGUUUAGUUUUCACUGCAUUAGUUAUUCAAAUUAUGCUUUGAUGGCAUUUUAUCAUACAGUGCAUCUUGACUAACCUACAAGUCAUAGGACAUAACCACUUCACAACCUAGUCUUAAUGCAACAUGAUAGAUACACGACAUUCAACCUCAGCAUUAUUAUUUUAUCUUGUGAAUUUGGAGGAUUAAUUGUACCUAAAUGGACAUAUAUAAACUCACAAAAUAAAGGUUUGAUGUCCUUUAAACUUUACAACUUAAAUAAAAUAUUUACAAAAAUGCAAAAGAAAAAAAGAUACUUUAUUGGUCCAUUUGUCUGUGUGAUAAAUAAUUUGGAGACUCUCCAUAUUUUCUUUAGAGAUUAAGGUAAAAAUUAUAUUUAAUAUAUUUUGCACAGAAAAAUUUAUGUUCAUUGUUACUCUUAGCCUCUGAGAGAAUAAAAUAAUAAAUCAGUUGUAUAAAAAAAAGUUCAACAUUAAACCUAGCUCAGGAACUCAAUAAUUAAAACAUGUUUAUUGCCUAAUAAUUUAAGUAUUAGCACCUAUAACUUUUUCUUAUUCUCUGCUGCAUCUAACAAUAAGUAUUUAGAACUUCAGUCAUGCCCGAACUCUUCAAUGUUGGGUAAUGACCUCUAGCCUUACCAGAACUACAUUUUAUAUCUGUUCAUAGAAUCCAUUCUUUUUUAUAUUUUAAAAUAGGCAUACUAUGCAAACUACACCAUAAAGGUAUUUAAUAGUUUAAAAUUGAUUUAAUAUUACUUGUAAUAUUAUGAAUAUAAAUGGUAUAAGAGUGUUGUUGCACUUAACUCAUGUUCUAAGCAAGUAGUUAGGAAAUAUUUUAUUAUAACUUAAAGCAACAGAGUAUUAUAUGAUUAAUCCAUCAAAAUUAUCUAUUUUCCAGUAUUGUUGUGCUAUUAUGACAUUUAUUAUAAAAUAUUUUGUUGAUCUACUCUUGCACUGUAUUAAUAACUAUGUUUGUCAAAAUGUGUUAUUUUGUAUUUGUAAACAUUAAAUGUAAUCACCCUUCCACAACCCAGGAAAUGCUGUUGUAUUGUGUUUUAUGGUAUUAACCAGUCCUAAAUGUGAUAAAAAAAACAAUUUAUGGAGAAAGAACUGUACAUAUAGUACUUUACCUUGUAAACAUUGGCAUAUUAGUUAAAAUAAAAAUGAUUAUCUCCAA